CAAGACUUUGCUCCCUAUGGUGACUAAACUAGGCCUACAUUAUUAUUACUAAGGAAGGACGCUAUGUUGUUUUUCAAUGUCAACGUUUAAUCACAAUAUCAUACCACAAUAUAAUGAUUCAAGGAUAUUAUGGUCAUUAUUUCAUAGGUCACGCAUUCUUGGAUUAAUAUGGAUCCGCCAGAGAGUGAGCAGGCAGCGUCAUCAAGAAAUAGCUCACUUAAAAUAACAUUACCCACAGUACUUUGUACUCCUGAACCUGAGAAUGAUAUUUCCUUAAAAACCAAUUCCUUCGUGUCUUCUGAAUCAAAAUUAUCUCUUCCAUCAAAUUUAGGUACCCCUACUUCACCAUAUAAGCUUUCUUCUCCAUUAUCUUUGCCUGCCUCGCCCACUCCUUUCAAUAAAACUGCCCCACAGACAAUUUCAAACAAGAAUUCCAUAAAUUCAAAACAGACAAACAAUACACUUAUACAACACGAUGUCACAAAGAAGCCUCUUGAAACUGGAUCCGCUACAGGCAAUCCCCGUAACAAAUGUGCCCUCCAGCCCGGCCACAGUCUUAUGGACUGGAUCCGACUUGGCAACUCAGGCAAAGACCUCACUGGCGUCGGCGGACGUGUACGGCCCGUUUCACUGGCAGAACUCGCCACCCACAAUACACAAAAUGAUGCAUGGUUAGCUAUACGAGGGCGCGUUUAUAACAUUACACAUUACCUACCUUACCAUCCUGGAGGACCAGAGGAACUGAUGCGCGGUGCUGGAAUAGAUGCUACUCAACUCUUCGACAAAGUUCAUCCAUGGGUGAAUUACGAGUCUUUGCUGGCGAAGUGCCUUGUAGGACCACUUAAGUUCGAUCUUCCGAGUGCUGAAGAGCUAUUCGAAAAUUCUAGUUCUUCGCCAAAAUCCGACCGUCUUCGAGAACCUUCUAAAGCACAAGAACUAGUGAGAAAAUCAAUGGAAAAUCUAGCAAAUUGUAUUACACCGGUAAGAAAGAAAAUAACAUCUAAAAGCGAGGAAAAUGUAAAGGGAAGUCCGCCGAGUAAAAUUAUGCAAAGCUUAAUCCAGUCGAGUGAUUUGCCUGUUUCGAUAAGCCGGAGAGCUGCGUCCAGUCCGAUUAAAACGACGGAUAAGCCUGAAGUGCCGGUCCUUCGCUAUGAUUGGAUUCAAACGUCGACUAAAUUAACGAUAUCGGUGUACACCGGGCCAUUAGCCAACCCCGGGGGAUGUGCGAGCAUAAAUGAAGGGGUUUUAUUAGUUGAAGUAGCUAAUAAUGGUUGGCUCAGGACACUGAAAUUAAUACCCGAAGCCAAACUACAAGAAUCACUGCAGUUAAAAGUAUACGCCGAAAGUGGAAAAAUAGAGAUUAUUGUACAAAAAGUGGAGACAUGCGUAUGGAAAAGCUGCGGUGAAAUAAGUGUCAGCUCGGCCACGCGAGUGUCGUCACCACGGACGUUGGAGUGUAGCGUUGUACACGUGGGACGAGUGUCCCACGAUACCAAGCUGCUGGCGCUGCAACCACGCACCGGAUCUGUGGUGGUGCCGCUGGGUCACCACAUUCGAGUUCACAAACAAAUAUCUGGUACAGAGUGUGUACGUUCAUACACACCCGUCGGCGAAGGUUGGGGUUCACAGAACUGUUGUGAGACAGUCGCGCCUCUCAAGCUUGCUGUCAAAAAGUAUGAGGACGGCACUCUCUCUCCGUAUCUAACGUCACUGAAAGUCGGUGAUUCGGUCAUACUGUCUGGACCUUAUGGCAAUUUCCAAUUACAAAAAGUGAAGUUCGUAAAAAUUGUUUACCUAAUAGCAGCCGGUACGGGAGUCACUCCUAUGCUGGGAUUACUCAAAUUUAUGCUUUCAAAAUCGAAUCCCAGAUGCGACAGAGUCCACUUGUUAUUCUUCAAUAAAACUGAAAAUGACGUCUUAUUUAAAGAAAAUUUUGAUGGUAUAUCCAAAGAAGACAAAAGAUUAACUGUUGAACAUAUUCUAUCUGAGAGCACUUCGUCGUGGGCUGGCCGCAAAGGUCGUAUAAGCAGCCAACUACUUACAGAAUUACUACCAAAAGAUAUACCAGUAUGUGAGACACAGUGCUCUCAUUUUGCUUGUAUAUGUGGACCCACAGAAUUCACUCACGCCGGCCUACAAAUAUUGAAGAAUCUAGGCAUGAAAGAAGAUUGUAUACAUGCUUUUAUAGGAUAGAAUUUCUUAAAAAAUUAUAUUCCAUGUUUUUUAAUACAAUAUUCCGUGUUUUUUAAUACAAGAAAAAUAAUUCUCGAUACAAGUGUAGUUACAUAAGUAUACCUUUUUUAAUAUACAACCAAGUAGUAUAAAUCAGUCAAAAUGAAUGCAUAGUAAUAAAAUAAUUUUAUACUAAUACUUACGGGUGUUUUUGAAAUAAUAAUAUAAGUAGUUAAUGUGUCUAUGAUAAUGUCCAUAAAAAUAAUGACACCCGACAUUUAUGUCGCAUAGCUUGGUUCUUUUGUAAAAUGCUGCAUUUACCUACAACAUAUCUCCUGUCCCAUAACAAUGGGGAUAAAAAUUACAGUGUACCGAGGUUGAACCCCUAGGGUGCCAUCCGUCAGGCAGAAAUUGUCCUUCAUUCGCUCCAUUAGUCCUUCCAAGGGUUUAAGAGUGCCUUAUAACACUCUAGCCCCCAUUUUCAUCCCAUGAACAGUGCCAAUAGCAUUGAAGUAGUAGAAGCUACAACUAUAACUAACAUAACCCAAAUGUUCGAAUUCGAACUUUUCGCUCGCUACCUUCUAUUACAAAUGUACUUAAAUAAGGUCACUAGUUACGGCUACCCUAUUAUAAUUGAAUAUUGAACCAUGUUAUAAUUUCUUUUGCAAAAACCAGCCACUGAAACAGUCAACAUACUGCAAUAAAUAUUUCAAUAUUCAAUAGAAUACCAGGGGGUAUAAUACCCCCAUAUAUAAUUUGAUAUCACUAAGCUUACUCCUAACUGUGAACAUGCUCUGGUAAGAGCAAGGUUUUCUUCAAUAUAAUAGGUAGUAUUCUCCUAGCUGUUAGUGAAAUCAUCAUUGUACGUAAUAAUUAAUGUUAAUAGAAUAUCGUAACAACUCUUGACAUAAAAAUGUAUAUGUUGAGUUGAGUGUAGCUAAUAUGUCGAUUCGAAAAUUCCUGUUAAAUUAGUUUAUAGUAUCUGUAUUGAUGUCCCAAGAGUGAGAUAAUUAUUUACGCUGUAUUAGGUGUAUAUUUACUAGUAUUACUAAGAUGUAGGUACCUAUUAAAAAUAUUUCUUACAUAGGUAUUAUAAGAAUUUGGCCAAACAUUAUAAGCACCAAUAAGACAAAGUAAGAAAUUAAAUUUCUAUAAUUAUUGUAUGUACUAAUUUCAAUUAGAUUUAAAUAAAAGUGUGAUAAAAUAUUUUUUAUGAAUAGAUUAUUGUAAAAUAAUAUUUUUAUGAUUGUGAUUCGAAAUCAUAAUAAAGACAUAAUUAUUGAUCAAAUUACUUUUAAUGUUCUGACGUUUUGAAUACAAAAAGAUAGGAAGUUAAUUCCACCCAUAUGUGUAAAUAAAUGCAUAACCAUCUUGUAUUAACUUUAUUGAGCCCCAUAUACGAAUUAUUUUAAAUAUAUAAUUUUGUUUCAGAUUAGUAAUAAUAAUAUAAAAACAAUGGAAAAUUUCCUACUUAUUUUUUUUAUAAUUCUUUCAUGUGUCUGUAAGUGAGGCUUUUUGUUAGUCAUGUAUUAUUUAAAAUGUAACGUGUUUGUUUUAUUUGUUGUUUUCGAUGUCAAACAAACACAGGUACGUUUGCUUAUAAAUAAAUUUGAUUAAGCCACGUACUAUUAUAUUGAUUGUUUUUUCAAGAGUCAUUUUAAAUAAUACGGAAUAAUGAUGUAUUUUGGUACAAUGCCAUUUCUUUAUAUGUAUGUAUAUUCAAUUUCUGUAUUAAAUUACCGGACGGCACGGUUAUAUAACAUAUCAAAUUAAUUAUUUUUCAAUAUGUUAUUAAGAUAAUUUCUGAUUUUAGUUUAAUAGAAAUUUAGUACAGAUUUUUACAAUUUAGUUUAAGGAUAUUGUAAUUAAAUAUCCGUUAAAGUCCAACUAAAUUAAUUGAUAAUGAAUAUGACACCAUACACUUAAAUAUAAUUUUACAUUUUGUUUAUUGAUUUUGUUAAUAUAUUGUAAAUGAUAUUUAAUAAAAAGUGCCUACAUUCCAGGUGAAG